AUGCCCCGCCAUGAGGAGGGUGAAGUAGUUUUGCGGAGCGUCUGUGUGGAGACACUUGGUCAGCCCCGGCUCCCCUCCUGCUGUGAGUUUUUCCUGUUGGCCGUGAUGUCGUAUGACCGCUACGUGGCCAUCUGCAAGCCCCUGCACUAUGUGACCAUCAUGAACAGCAGGGUCUGCAGGAAUCUCAUCUGCUGCUGCUGGGGGUCUGGCUUCCUGAUCGUCCUCCCAGCCCUCAGCUUGGCCCGCCGUCUAGAAUUUUGCAACUUUGUUAUUGACCAUUUUUUCUGUGAUGCUUUUCCAAUACUGAAGAAUUCCUGUUCAGACACGUGGCUGAUAGAGCAGCUGGUUAUAGCCAGUGCUGUAUUGACCUUCAUCAUGACCCUGCUGUGUGUGGUUCUGUCCUACAUCUACAUCAUCAGGACGAUCCUGAGGUUGCCUUCUGUGCAGCAGAGAAAAAAGGCCUUUUCCACCUGCUCUUCUCACAUGAUCGUGGUCUCCAUCUCGUACGGCAGCUGCAUAUUCAUGUAUGUCAAACCCUCAGCUAAGGAUGAAGUGACCAUUAAUAAGGCAGUUUCUCUGCUUAUUGUGUCGGUUGCCCCCUUAUUGAAUCCUUUCAUUUAUUCCCUGAGAAAUAAACAAGUCAAGCAGUCUUUCCAUGACACUCUUAAAACACUUGCGUUUCUUUCAAGGAAAUAG